AUGUGGGCAUACGGACUGCUACUGAGGCGGGGGAAACCGACGCCCCCGGCGGGGGAAACCGACGCCCCCGGCGGGGGAAACCGACGCCCCCGGCGGGGGAAACCGACGCCCCCGGCGGGGGAAACCGACGCCCCCGGCGGGGGAAACCGACGCCCCCGGCGGGGGAAACCGACGCCCCCGGCGGGGGAAACCGACGCCCCCGGCGGGGGAAACCGACGCCCCCGGCGGGGGAAACCGACGCCCCCGGCGGGGGAAACCGACGCCCCCGGCGGGGGAAACCGACGCCCCCGGCGGGGGAAACCGACGCCCCCGGCGGGGGAAACCGACGCCCCCGGCGGGGGAAACCGACAAUCG